AUAUUCGGUGGACACCUCGGUACUGAUCCGUUAAGGCUGUUGUAAGUCAGAGAAUCGUAAUUAUAUUAAGAGCAGCCCUCGACUCUUUCCUUCUUCAAGUUAAUCAACGCUUUCGAUGAAACAUUGAUAUCUAAAGUCAGACAAAUGGUCCUGCGUUUGUCACAGGGGGAAACUCAGAUAUUUGAUUUCAUUUGGAAACCUCGAUAGUGCUGCAGUUUAUCUGUGUAUCCGUAUAUGAUGAAGCCUAUUUGUUAAAUAUCAUAUGUUUGGAAACUUAUCUGUGGUAAUUUUACUUGUAUACCGAGCACUGUAACUUUCUAUUAAUGAUAAUUACAAUUCUAUACGGAAUUGGAUUUACGAUUGAAAGAAUAUUUAUAAGAAUACCAUUUAUCAAUGCAAAUGGUUUUUCGAAGUAAAUAGAAAACAGAAGUCAUUAAAAGCCGGUUUUCCGGAGUUCCUAUUUUAUAAUGAAGAGGAGGGAAAUUCUUCGGUGUCUCAUGGUUUUCCUACCUUUGUUAAUCUACCUGUAUUUCGCUGUCAUGUUGGAGCUGAUCUCCAAUGUCCCAGAGCAGGGAAAGGGUGUCACUUCUCAAACAGACACGAUACAGAAAACGUUUUUCGAGAAAACAAAUAUUUCAUAUUUACAACAGACUAAAGCACCUGAUGCAGAUUUUUACUGGAAACCUUCAUUAUCGGAGCGCAAAAAAUAUGGAAAAUUUAUGAGUGUAUGCAAGGAAUAUCAGUCUAAGUGUUUGUAUGAAAACAUUGUAUUUACCUGCGAAAAUAUUAAAAGUAUUAAAUUGCAGGAGAAGAUUGGACAUGGUGUAACAAAACAAGCAUUUCUAGGAUUAUUUGAAGGAGCGGAAGUAGUGGUCAAAAUGGUGACACGUCACCAAAAAGAGGCUAGGGAGUGUUUGGAUGGUCUACCUAACCGGGAUAGAUCGGACAACUUAAAACGGUCAAAGUGUUUUGUAUUUCCAACAAUGAAGUUAAUGAAAGAAAUUCUGCUUCUUCAUCAGCUUAAUCACGAAGGAUUUUUAAGACUUCAUGGUUACUGUGUUCGCAGUGAAGAAUCAGAGAGUACAGACUUGUCAGAACACGGUGUGGUGGCUGUGUUUGAGAGGGGAACCAGUUUAUCAAUUGAAAAAUUAAAAGGUCUUUCGAAGGAGGAUAAAAUCCGUCAAUCGAUGCACCUUAUUUCAUUUUUUCAAUAUCUGGCUAAUUCCCCCCUCGGAUCUCUUAGAGUGAGGGACUUUAAAAUGGACCACUUUCUAAUGGUUAAUUCCACAAUUAAAAUGAUUGAUUUAGAUGAUAUAGAUAAUCUAGAGCCCUCUUGUGACGCCUACUCAAUAGAAAGCAACACAAAAAGACGCUCGUGUGAGUACAAUCUGACGUGUGAGAUGGGGUUAUGUAACGGGCAUAAUGCUAAACGAAACAUGGAGAGGGCAAACGAAUUAUUCUUCAGGCAUCUAUUAACACCCGAGUUCUUUCCCAGAAAGUGUUUUAAAAUGUUAGAAGACAUCAAUCAGCGUCUGAGAGAAUUGUCAGUGAAUUAUCACGGUGUUCUGAGAUCACUGAAGAAAUUAUUGGACUCGCUCGUUUAUCUGCAUUAACGCUUGUUUUCCAAAGCCGCUUUUAUGGUGUAAAGUCCAUUAUUUAUUCCAUUUAUUGACCCCUAGUCUUAAGUUUAUCCUAAUGCAAGCUUUUAUAAGCUGUUACUUCUAUAGUGUCUCUAAGUAAAAAAAUACUCCUUUCACGAUAGUGCAAAAGCAGAUUCAGUUUAAGUGCGUGGUUUCCUCUUAGUUUUUUCUUGUUGUCUUGGAAACACAAUUACGAGCAUGGCAUUAUCCAAAACGUCUACAUUAUACGUAGAAAAAGUCAACGUUAUUUAUAUUAAAUCAUUCUUGAUUUUUGUUUUUUUUUAAUAACGAAACUUCCUCUUGUUUAUGUGAUUACAGUGCUUCGAAUAAACAAUAAUUUAUAUAAUUCAUUGAAAAUAUUUAGAAGCAAAGCAGGCUGCUAUACAGUGUAAUUAUUUUUCAAUACGAUUAUCUUGAUAUGCUGUUAAAAUACAUGUACACUCUAUAUGAAUUAAAUAAUACACCAAUCAUAU